ACCGCAGGGCUCCGGCGGAAGAACACAUCUCACAAAGCGAAGUUCACAGCAGCGCGCAGUGUAGUGUUGCCAGGCACACUCCACCUGUGUUUCGUGGGUGGCAUCGAUCGAGGGAGAGAGAGACACCAUGAGCUACCCGCCGCCGGGCACCGCGUACCCUCCGCCGGGCCAGCAGCAGGCGUACCCGCCGCCGGGCAACGGUUACGGCUACCCUCCGCCGGGCCAGGAGCAGCCGCAGCAGCAGGCCUACCCUCCGCCGGCGUACGGCGCGCCGCCGCCCGUCGCGGCCGACUACUACCAGCCCAAGGACGGCGGCGCGUACCCGCAGCAGCAGCAGCAGGCGUACGGCGCGCCGCCGCCCGUCGCCGCCAACUACUACCCGCCGCCGCCGCAGCAGCAGCAGGCCCAGCCGCCGCCGGAGGCGCAGAGCCGCGGCAGCGACGGCUUCUGGAAAGGAUGCUGUGCCGCAAUCUGCUGCUGCUGCCUGCUCGACAUGUGCCUCUGAUCGAUGUUGCACAGGAUGAUGAUCCACAUACAGCUGCUCGCCAUCAGAUCAUCGUUUCCUUGGCACAACUUGGAUUUGGCUUAAUUCUGUAUCACCAUGUCGCUCAGUUACCAGUCAGUGGAUUUACUUUGUUGUUGCUUGCUUAUUAGCAGAGACCUCCCUUCUGUAAUUUGUUGGGCAUGAAUUGGAUAUGUGCGAGUUAUUUCCAGCAACCAGUACAUUUAUUCUCCA